UCAUUAUGCGCCUCGUGUUUAUGAACAGUCGCUCGACAUUCAAGUUGAAUUAAAUGAACGAAUAUUAAAGUAAUUGUAUAACGUCGUUAGACCUCGAUAAUAUGGGUUCUUGUUGGAUCGAACAGAAAAGUUGACGGAAUUGGGAAAAGUCGCGAGAAAUCGACACAGUUUGGUGUAAGCUCAAAUCUAGAGAAAAUGUAAGUAAUUGUAUCUAUAUUCUUGCAUUACUUUUCAAGAGAGUAAUCACAAAGUGCUUUACUGUAGUUGUAGAAUACAGUACUAUCAAAUACAGAACCACAACACUUUACAAUUAAUACGAGUAAAGAAAAAAAAAACACAAAUCAAAGCCAUUAAAACAAAUAAUAUAUUCUCACUGGAAUGCCUGCAGACACAAAUGUGUUUGUAGCUGCUCUUUAUAAAUGUUCACUGAAAAGGCAGCUGUAGACUCAAAAGGAAGUACAUUCCACAAUUUGGGGGCAAUGGACUGCGAGCCUCUAUUACCCUUAGUUUUUAAACUUGUGUAAGGGAUGUCAAGUAAAAGGCAGUCAGCAGACCGCAGUGACAGUAAAUGUGAGGAAACAUGGACAACGAUGACAAUAUGGAGACACUUGGCGAGCAGCUAUACACUCGGAUUUUCCCCGCACAGAGCGAGAACGCUGGGAAACUGACAGGUAUGCUGCUGGAGCUUCCUGUUCCUGUCCUGAUCAGGAUGCUGCAGGAUGAGGCCAUGCUCGCUUUGGCCGUGGAGAAAGCAGUCAGAGCCCUGCAGGGGGAUUUGCACCAGGAGCCCAGCAAAAUAACAAGUAAAGACGAUGACGACGAAUCCGUGUCUUCUGACUCUUUGGGCGAGCAGCUUUUUGACCUGGUUGAUGUUUACAACACUGGCUACUCACAGAAAAUCACAGGCAUGUUACUGGAGCAGGACAAGGAGGCCGUGUUAAAGCUUCUGUCAGAUCCCAAACAGCUGGAAACACAGGUCAACACAGCGCUCAAGACCUUAAAACAGCAGCAUGUGGAGGUGACAGAUGUCAGCGACACGUCGGACGUGGAGGACACCGAAGGGUUGGGCGAGAAGCUCUUCUUGCAGGUGGAGGAACUGGACCAGCUUCAGGCGCAUGAAAUCACCGGUAUGCUACUGGAGAUGGAUGCGGGUGUUCUCCACCAGCUUCUUAGAGAGCGCACCAUGUUGGAGGCUGCUGUUCACAAAGCAAAAGCAGCCCUCAGCACAUAAAAUAUUGGAAUAUUUGACGAGUAAAAGUUAAAGGGUAUGUGCUUAUAUCGAGUCUAUCCAUCCAUUUUCUACCGCUUAUCCGAGGUCGGGUCGCGGGGGCAGUAGCUUUAGCAGGGACGCCCAGACUUCCCUCUCCUCAGCCACUUCAUCCAGCUCUUCCGGGGGGAUCCCGAGGCGUUCCCAGGCCAGCCGAAAGACGUAGUCUCUCCAGCGUGUCCUUGGUCGUCCCCGGGGUCUCCUCCCGGUGGGACGUGCCCGGAACAUCUCACCGGGGAGGCGUCCGAAUCAGAUGCCCCAGUCACCUUAUCUAGGUCCUCUCGAUGCGGAGGAGCAGCGGCUCUACUCCGAGCUCCUCCGGAUGACCGAGCUUCUCACCCUAUCUCUAAGGGAGAUCCCGGACACCCUGCGGAGGAAACUCAUUUCGGCCGCUUGUAUCCGGGAUCUUGUUCUUUCGGUCACGACCCACAGCUUGUGACCAUAGGUGAGGGUAGGAAUGUAGAUCGACCUGUAAAUUGAGAGCUUCGCCUUUUGGCUUAGCUCCUUCUUUACCACAACGGACCGAUACACCAAUCUGCCUGUCGGUCUCCCGUUCCAUUCUUCCCCCACUCGUGAACAAGACCCCAAGAUACUUGAACUCCUCCACUUGGGGCAGGAUCUCAUCCCCGACCUGGAGAGGGCACACCACCCUUUUCUGACUGAGGACCAUGGUCUCAGAUUUGGAAGUGCUGAUUUUCAUCCCAUAUAUCGAGUCUAAUGAGUAAAUAAUAUGUUGCAGCUUUGCGAUUUAUUUUAAUUGUGUGAACUGUGACUUGUUUUGCAGCCUGUUUGUGGAUUGAAUGAAUUAAGCCACACUGCAAGGUUUGUUUUUCUGACAUCCUGUCAAUUUUUGCACAUACUGUACUGAAAUUUAUAAUGUUUUGAGGUUCUGUUUAAAGAGGCCAUUAUGGAAAAUUGACUUUUUAAUGUUGGGUCUCUGGAGGACCUGCUCAUUCAUACAACAUAGUAAAUGUUUAGUUAUCUGGCUA